AAUCUUUCUAUAAUUUUGGAAGCAUAUUGUUGUUGUUUAAAUGUUUUGGGAUUGGGAGGGUCGGAGUUGGAGAAUUUUGGCUUUGAUGAGUAAAUCUGGGCUCCUACAAGGAAAACCAACAAAUUUAGUUGUGAAUGGAUGUCAAAAUUCAGCUGCGUUUGGAUUGGCGAAUCAUCGAAGUCCAGCCGGAGUGGACGUGGGUCGAAGCCCAAAAGCCAGAAGGUGGGCAAUUUCUGAAGCCCCAAUGAUCCGAAACUAUAAAGUAUCGCCAAGCGCGGCCAAUUUGUUGUUUAAUCGCCUCGCGCUUUCACCUUUCCAACAAACACUUCUUCCAUUAUCGUGUUGCUCAUCUGGGUCCCCGAAAAUGGCGAGUAACGAGAGCAUCAAAUCAGGAAAUGAAGAACAAUUGAAGCCCAUAUUUGAGCAGAAACGGGUUCUUCGAUCCAGCGUUCGAAAAGCACUCAAAGCCAUGGACCCUUCCCUCAGAUCCCAUGAAGACAAUGCAAUUCAGAGUAUCGUUUUGGAGGCCCCGUGGUUUAAAUCUAGUCAGAGAUUAUGUGCUUAUGUGAGUUGCAGUGCCUUAAGAGAAGUUGAUACGUCGAGACUGUUAUCAGAGACUUUGCAACACCCACCAAAAGAUGGUUAUCCGAAGAAGAUUUAUGUCCCGCGUGUGGAGGACAAGAAUAGUCAUAUGCGGAUGUUCAAUAUUUCACGUAUGGAUGAUCUUAUUGCAAAUUCAAUGAAUAUCUUAGAACCAGCUCCAGUGGAUGGUGAUGGAAAUCAACGUGAAGAUGUUAUGCAGACAAAAGACCCCAUCGAUUUACUCCUCUUACCAGGACUAGCAUUUGAUAAAUCAGGAAGACGACUAGGCCGAGGGGGAGGUUAUUAUGAUACCUUCCUAAAGAACUACCAAGAGCUUGCAAAGGCGCGGAAUUGGAAGCAGCCCCUCCUUGUUGCACUGUCCUAUUCAGUACAGAUAAUGGAUGAAGGAAUUAUACCACUCACUCCAAAUGAUGUCUUAGUCGAUGCUCUUGUAACACCAUCUGGUGUGAUUCCCAUCAGCCCAGCUGGAUUGGACAAGAUGAAGGUAUGAUACUGAACUCGAAGAAUCAACCUCUAAUGAUGCCAUCUUUGACAAUCUGGAGCUUGGAAUUCUUAAAGCUGUUAAAUUAUAUGUACGACUAUUUCAGAUAGGCCCAUCACGCGGAAGUUAUGAUUAGCCAUUGGAAGAGUAGCUUCCAAAUGCGGUAUUACUCUGAAUAACAUGUAAUUUUAUUGUUUGUAUAAGCAUGCUUUAGGCAGCAUCGAGAAAACCAUGGCAUAUUAUUGACAAAAGAAACCCUUUUUUGGUUGUUUUCAAACAAACAGUUGACAUUCUGCAAACACUUUCAUCAUCUGGAAUAGAAGGUGUUGCUUGUUAUCAG